GGGAGUUAUGGCACUGCACUUCAAGCUGCAGCUGUGAGUGGAAGCGUUGAUGCUGUUCAGAUACUUCUUCAAGCGGGAGCGCUCGUGAAUGCCCAGCUUGGCAUGUAUGAUACUGCUCUUCAAGCGGCAUGCCGACGUGCGCAUUGGCAAAUAAUUAAGACUCUGCUGGAAAACGGAGCCAACGUCAACGCUCAGGGAGGGCCUUAUAACUCAGCACUACAAGCAGCUGCCCGGACAGGAUCGACCAAGAUUAUGAGAUUUCUGUUAGACCGAGGGGCAGACGUCAACGCCCAGGGUGGAGAGUAUUGCACUGCACUGCAAGCAGCAUCAGGAGAAGGCUUCCAUCCUGUUGUGCAGAUGUUACUUGAGAGUGGUGCAGAGGUUAACCAUCAAGGAGGAAAAUAUGGCACAGCACUACAGGCUGCUUCGGGAGCU